CUCAAUGGGAAAAUUUCCCACAAUAACUCAAAGAAGAGUGCUAAACUUUUUCAUUUUUUUCAUUAAACAAAACAAUGAUUGCUUUUGUUACUAUGUUUUCAGGCAAUAAAACAUUUUUUGAGAUAAAAUAAAAUAAAAACAUUAAUUUUUCCAACUGCACCAUGUGACCAUUUUCAUGAUCACACAAUAACACACACUUACACUAUCAAAUCACUCGAUUCUGCAGAUUCAGAUGUUAUCUUCCAGAUCUAAAGUUUUUGCCUUUCGAUAACCAUUUGGAUUUGCCCCAAUAUUGAUCACCAAAUUUGCUCUUGGAGAUUUCUUCUGGGGGGAAGACAGAGCCUAAAGCCACUCGAUGAUGGCUCUGUCAUCAACGAAGGGAGUAGUCGUCCCUGUCCCGGUGUUAGUUCUCGCCGCCGCCGCCGCCGCCAUCUUCCUUUACUUGUUCGUUUCCUCCCCUUCUUCCUCCCUUCCAACUCCUUGCUCCUGCCCCACCAUCCCUCCUCCUGACACCACCACUCCGACCACUCCCUCCACUCGGGCUACAGCUAAAUCAACUGGGUCGUCUACUUCACAGCGGAUCUCUGCCUCAAAGGAUGAUAUCGAGUGGGUGAGGAAUCAGAUCGAAGCUAAUGGACUUCAUAUGGCUGAGAAUGUUCUUCGUAAAGGGAUUAAUCCUCGAACCCGUGAACAACAGCUACAAGAUCUCCUUCAAUUCAAGGGCGUAUCCCAUUAUGAAGGAGAAGAAGCAGAAAAUCACACUGCUUUUCCAUGUCCAGGUGAGCUCCUAGUUGAACAACACCACAGCUACUAUGGGGAGCCUUGGGCUGGGGGCCGAGAUAGUUUUGAUUUCCUAGCAGAGUCUACUCGUCUUACCCCUGAUUCUCGUGUUCUUGAGAUUGGAUGUGGGACCCUGCGUGUUGGCUUGCACUUCAUCCGCUACUUGAAUCCUGAACAUUAUCAUUGCUUAGAGAAGGAUGAGCUCUCAUUAAUGGCUGCAUUUAGGUAUGAGCUUCCUUCUCAAGGUCUGCUGCACAAGCGUCCUCUGAUUAUAAGAGGUCAAGACAUGGAAUUCGCUAAAUUUGGAAAUGAAGGGAUGUAUGAUUUAAUCUAUUCAAAUGCAGUUUUCCUUCAUAUACCUGAUAAACUUGUUUGGGUAGGAUUAGAGAGGUUAGUGAAGAGACUGAAGCCUAUAAAAGGUCGAAUUUUCGUGUCACAUAAUAUUAAGUUUUGUUCAAGACUUGGAGGAGAAGCAUGUACGAAAAAGUUGCACGGGUUGGGACUUGCAUACGUUGGAAAGCACACUCAUGAUAGUUUACUUUUUAACCACUACGAUAUCUGGUAUGAAUUCAAGCGCUCAAAGAUUUAAAUGAGUUUCAUGGAGCAGUUCAUGGAAUUGGGUUUCCUUCGAAAGCAUGGGGCUGCAUUAUACAGUCUGUUACAUGACCACUGAAACCAUUCUUAUUUGUACCGGCUGUAGUUGCUUUCGUGAUACCUAUUGUGUUCCCGACAUCUGCUUCUUGCUUUAAUUCUGAGAUUUUGUGGGGGAUCAACACCAAGGACUCAGUGCUUUGUGCAAGUAAUCUGGCUUGCAAGUGUUUUCAUGAGGAAGCCGGUAAAAAUUAGUCAAAUAUGCAGAUGUGUACUGCUGAUGAUAACUGUUGACAUACAUUGAGAGAUUCAGAGUUGAUCCCUCGCGGAAAUGGAUUAGGGAUUCCAACUGAAAUAUGUGCUGUUCUUGCUUUGCAGUGUAUAGCAGAUAAUUGUGAAAUCAUUCUUUUGUUCUGUGCUCAUUUUUUUCCUUGUUGGAUACAUAUAUGUAUUGAUGAUAGAGGGCCCGUAGAGAGACAAAUUCAUUUUUCUAUCGCCACAUUGGUGUGUCUAAUCAUCAUCAACUAUUAUUAAGUGUCAA